ACGCGCCAAAGAACUUCGAUUCGCGAGUUCCAGAAGGCCUAUGGACAGGCUCGUUGCAAGCUUGUCGUCGCACAGGUUUAGGGCCUCGUGAGAUUGCCAGGGUGGUCCUGUCUCUCAAAAGAGCGACCGGGGGCCAGCAUAAUCCCUUGUGCCGCCUUGUGGUGUGGGUCCGUUCCAUCAUGUACCCGUACCAUGGACACGCCAAAUGGCGCCCCCCACACCUUGCCCUUUCCUCUCCCCUUGCCCCUCUUGCCCCCCUUGCCCCUGAGCUGUCGAGCUGCGAGCCGACCAUUCCCCAAGUUAUCAAGUUUGGGGAUGACAAGGUCGAUCGCAUGGGUGCACAUGUCAGCCACGACGGAUAUCGACAAGGUGGUUGCUACUGCCGCUGCGACAAGCGUCUUUAAUCCCGUACCGUACCUGCGUGUCGCGGUCGCCAUGUGUCAAGCGAGCAUGGUACGGCGUCAAAACAUAAGAUGGUGGGAUGCGCCAACGGGUGGCACAAACGGGUCAGCGACUUGAAGAAGGCCUGGCCUCAAGUGCGUUGCGGUCCAGUCCAGUUGAAUUCAGGUAGUGGACCUGACCGUGCCUCAAACAUGGUUGACUUUUCGAGGUCGCCAUGCAAAGCACAGCACAGCAUAGCACAGCACAGUAAUGCAAUGCAUAAGGCUCUAGCAGAGCUGGCUGCUUGCCAAAAGCUGUCGCACUUUGAAGCAAAAAGGG